UCUUGUGCGAUGCUAAAAUUCAUUCUGAGCCAUUGAGUGAGUGCAUGCAGUCCAAAAUGCCCGACUGCUGUGCUGCAGCGAAUUGUAACCAGAAAUCAGACCAGCCCGAUAUUGCCUUCUUCAGCUUUCCUCUUGACCCCGAACGAUGUAAACAAUGGCUGAGUAGCUGCAACCGACCAGACCUCGGGACCAAAACACCGGAGGAAUUGCACCAGGGCUACAAGCUGUGUUCAAAACACUUCGAGAGCUCACUGAUAUGCCAAGAGGGUGGUGUCCCGGUCCUAAAAGAUGGAGCUGUGCCCAGUAUAUUUGAUGCCAAGAGCAAGCAGGAGCCUCAGACCUACAGAAGGAAACGGCCAGCAGAAGCAAUUUCUGGAGAGACUGAUGCUGGGAAGAAAUCUAAAGAUGGCCUCUCGGACGGCUCGGGCGCGGCUGCCCAGCUGGACGGCGGCGAAAACAGCGGUGUGGGCGGCGACGGGGACGCCCUGCAGGACGACAUGGGCGACAUCAAGGACCCCCACGCCAGGGGCAAGGAGAUCCUCAAGCUGCACUUCAAGGAGACGCUGGCCCUCUACGGCUUCAGCAUCGGCAGCGGCGGCGCCCCCUUGAGCACGGGAGGACCGACGGGCGUCAACAAGCUCUGUGAGGAGAAGGUGGACAAAGCAGAGGUGAUGCUGUUGGGUCAUACUCUGAUACGGGACGAGAUCCAGUCCAGCUUGCGGCACGCGCGCUUCUUCUCUGUGCUGCUGCAGGACACGGUGAUGGUGGAGGGCAAGGAGCACAUGCCCGUCUUCGUGCGUACCGUCACGGACAUCGGCUUCCCCCAGAAGCACCUGCUGGGCUUCCUGCCCACCGACGUAGACUGCGAGAGCCUGUUCUACAUGCUGCUGUCCGAGAUACGCAACAGGUGGGGUUUGAGGAUGGAGCACUGUCGAGGCCUCACCUACCUGACGACCGGCACCAUCUGCCAGAAGAUGAAGGAGCUGUCGAGUCGCAUCCUGAGGGACUUCCCGCAGGUGGUGCUGGCCCCCAGCGACCCGUACGCCUUCAACAUGUGGCUGAUCCGCUCCAUGCCCACCAUGUCCGUGCAGCACGUCAUGACCACGGUGGAACAGGUGGCGGCGCUACUGAGACAGCUGCCUAACCUCUGGGGCAACCUGGAGGAGCAGAUCUUCAAGACAUACGGACACCUCAAGGGAGAGGUGAACUGCAUCAAGGAGGGUUGUCAGGGAAACUGGGAGUUCGGCAUCAACGCCUUCCAGACCAUGCUGGACAUCCUGGACCCCCUGCUGGUAGUGAUGGGCACCAGCGCACACAGCGGCGACCCAGAGGUGUCGAGGCUGAAGGAGACGUUGCGUGACUUCAACCUGAUCAUCACGCUGGUGGUGCUGAAGAACACGCUGUGCUGUGUCAGCAUCCUGAACCCCAGCCUGCGCGGCACCAUCUCCAUCAGCAGCACCCUGCAGUACACCAUCUCCAACGCACUCAAGCUCCUCAACAAGUACCUGGGGGAGAUCGCCAUCCACCACAGGAAGUGGUUCUCGGACGCAGUGGGGCGGGCCAAGAAGCUGGGCAUCACGGUGGCGCUCCCCGAGGACGCGGAGGGGAAGCCGGUCGAUGGAGCGGAGGAGACCCUCACCUUCCUGGAGGACCACUACCGGGAGACACUGUGCCGCAAGGUGCUGCUCUACCUGGUGGACGAGGUCAAACGGGUCUUCAGUACGGAGAUGGUUCGUAUCCUGCGGUGGCUGUCCCUCGUGCCCUCCUACAUGGCUGACCACAACUUCAGCAUCCGCAGGGACAAGGUGGCCGACGCAAACCUCAACAACCUGUCGCGCCCGGACACCUUCUACGACGAGCUGGGCUGCUGGGAGGUGAAAUGGCGGCACGCCAGCAAGAAGCGCAUCCUGCCGACCACCGUCUUCGCCACGCUGAAGAUCCCGGACAUCGGCUUCUACCCCAACGUCCAGAGCCUGCUGCGCGUGCUGGGCACCAUCCCCUGCGUCAACGCGGAGGCCGACGUGUACGGCCAGUACGACAUGGUCCUGGACCGCUACCACAGCUACGUGCGGGAGACGCCCGCGGAGCAGCGCAUGUGCAACGCGGCGUUCGUUUACGUCAACCAGGACGUGCACAUGAACAUGGAGGCCAUGGUGGAGUCCUACGUGGAGAAGCACCCCGACAUCCUGGAGCUGCUGGAGACGGCCGACAAUGAAGUAAUGGAAACGGAACCACCAGCUCAUGAGAAUGAUGAGAACGGGGACGGGGAGGAGACCCAGAUGGUCCUGACGACCGUGGAGGUGGAACGGCCGCGCCCCACAGACCCGGAGCCCAACAAGGACGCUCUGAAGGCAGCCCUCCAAUCAGCCGUCACGGCCGCCUACAGCAGCACCAAUAGGAAAGCGAGGGGCGGGGCCGCCGACGACUCUGAAACAGGAAGUCAGUACGUGUCCAAGUCGGAGAUGAAGGAAGUGCUGCGCGUGUGCGAGGAGGCGGUGCGGGAGGGCAUCCUGUCCGAGGUGGGCACCUCCUUCUUCUCCCUCUUCAUCGACCGCGUCGUCAGGAUGGGGGAGGUGGACUACCUGCCCGUCUUUCUGAGGUUCGUGGACAGUUUCGACGUGAUGCGUCUGGAGCUGCUGGGCUUCGUGGAGCGCGACCUGGAGAGCGACGCGCUGGGCAACCGCCUCCUGGAACUCAUCACCAACGAGUGGCGUCUGGACCUCAAGCUGUGCCGCGGCCAGGCCUACCUGGGCUCAGGUGAUGUGGCCCACAAGCUGAAGGCCUUCGCCUGCCGCGUGCAGGAGCGCCACCCGCUGGCCAUCUCCACGUACAGCUCCUGCUACGCCUUCAACACCUGGUGGUCGCGCUCGGUACCCGUGCCCUGCAUCACCCGCUCCCUGGACGUCCUGGAGGAGGUCAUGCUCUUCUUUGGCAGCAGUCCAGCCCUGGAGAAACAGCUGGACCAGGUGAUCGGCGUGGGUCUGCGCGAGAGCUUCGAGAAGAUCCACGAGCUGCAGGGCUCCUUCUGCUCGUCCUGGAUGGAGAAGCACGACUGCUGCGAGGUCUUCGUGCAGAUGCUCGAACCCUUGGCCGAGUGCCUGGAGCGCGUGCACCAGAACAAGCCGCAGCGCUGGAAGGCGUCCGUGUCCAGCAAGGCCGGCCUGCUGCUGCACCUCGUGCAGGACUUCGACUUCAUCAUGCCCAUGGUGGCCCUCAAGAACGUCUCGUCCUUCACGCGCGAACUCAGCGCCGGACUCCAGAAGGACCACUUUAGCGCCGCGUCGCAGCUCUGUCAGAUCAGUGGCAUUCUGGCCACACUGAACCGCGUCAAGACCAACAUGAAGGUGUUCCACCAGAACUGGUUCGAGGAGGCGUGUGCCAUCGCCCAGAGCCUGAAGGUGCAGAUCAGGCUGCCCGAGGGGGUGCCGGCCGUGUCCAGAGACGGCAUGGUCAAGCCCUCCACGCACUACAAGGAGGCGCUCAGCACCCCCCUGGUGGACAACCUGAUCGCUGCGGUGAAGGACCAUUUCUCGGACGACCACAAGGAGGCGCUCAACUUCCUGUCGCUGGUGCCGUGCUCGGUCACGGUGAGCUACAUGUUCGAGGUGCUGAAGUCCAAGCCUCCUCUGUACGUGCACGACCUGCCCGACCCGGACAACUUCCCCACGGAGCUCAGCUGCUGGAGGGUCAAGUGGAAAACCAAGAUGGUGACCAUUACCAUCCCCGACACCAUCUUCCAGACGCUGCGCCUGCCCGUCAUGCAGUACUUUAGCAACAUCGCCACGCUGCUCCGCAUCAUGUGCGUCCUGCCCAGCACGGCGCUGGAGUUCUGCGGCGAGACGACGCGGCACAAGAUGUACCAGGACUACCUGAAGAGCACGCUCAGUAAGGACCGCACGCCUUGCCUGGCCAUGCUGCAGGUGGGGACGAACUUCAGCCGCGACCUUGACCGCAUGGUCUCGCAGUGCCUCAAGGUCACGCCACAGGCCCUGGAGGGGAUCCGCCUGGAUAAGGAAUCUAAAAGCAUCAUGAAGAACUCCGAGAUUAAUGCAGCAGCGGACGAGGAAGGAGAGGCGUACGACGACGAGGCUCUCACCUCCAACGUGAAGGAGGAGCCCGGAGCUACGCAGAACGCCGUCGACGCCAACGGGCACGCGGGCGACAACCGCAUGAGUGCCCAGAGACUGUUCCGGCAGGCGGCCCGCCUGGCCCGCAGGGGAGCGGGCACCGCCGCCGCCACCUCCGCCGCUACCACGCUCGCCAGCGUGCCCGCCGAGGACCAGGACGCGCUGGCCGAGGAGCUGAGCCUGUGCCACUGGUCGCCGGUCAACAGCGACGGCACCGGCCUCACCGACGCCGAGUUCCUGCAGGCCGCCGUGAAAGCCGUGCGCGCCGCCAUCUUGGAGGAAGUCAUGGAGUCGUCGCCGUUCUUCUCCAUCAUCACCGACCAAGUGGUGACUGUGGGUUUGAAGAAGUACCUGCCGGUCUUCAUCAGGUUCAUCAGCGACUCCACGCCCAAGGUGGAGCUCCUGGGCUUCCUGCCGCUGGCGGAGGGCUGCCACCGAGACACGCAGGCGAAGGCGCUGGCCCAGACACUGACGGAGGAGUGGGGCGUGCCCAUGAGCUACUGCCGCGGCCAGGCCUACCUGCGCUCGGGCCCGGCCGAGAGCCAGAGCCUGCGCAAGAUGUCCCUGGACUUCCUGGAGAGCUACCCGCUGGCUGCCGUGACGCCCAGCGAGUCGUGCGGCCUGGCGCGCUGGUUAGCGGGCAGCCUGCAGUGCGAGCACGUCUCCACCGUACUGGGAGUGGUGGAGGACCUGCUGCGCUUCUUCGACCAGUCGCCCACGCUGGAGAGCAAGCUGGCUGAGACGGUCGGCGGGCUGUUGAACGCGCCGCACGAGGCCUUCGAGGAGAUCCCCGAGACGUGCUGCUCGCGCUGGAGGAAGAGGGAGGACUACUUCGACGCCCUGACGGACACGCUGGAGGCCAUCUUGUGCUGCUUGGAUUCGGUCAACGCCAACAUGGAGGGCACCUGGAGCCCGGCAAUGGCGCUGCGGGCCGGCCUCCUGUCCUGCGUGGUGCGCCGUACCGAGUUCGUGGUCACCCUGGUGAUCCUGCGCAACGCCUGCGCGCCGCUGCGGAACUGCAGCACCGUGUUCCGCUGCGGCAACCCGGCCGACAUCGUUUGCGAGCUGGAGAAGAUUCCGCAGAUCACCGAGACGCUGGUCAACACGCUGCAGAACGUACAGACGGUGCAUGCGGCGUGGUUCGAGCAGGCCGUGCAGCUGGUGACCCGGAUCUCGGGCCUGGUUGUGUUCCCCGAGAAGGCGGGCCUGGCCGAGUCCCCCGAGGCCUACUACCGGGACGCCAUCUCGGUACCGGUGCUAACGGGCCUGGUGGAGGAGAUGAGGCACACCUUCUCCGAGCGCCACCUCAAGGCCCUCAGGGUGCUCUCCCUGCUGCCCGCAUGCAGCCCCAUGCCCAUCGUGCCCGAGGCCCCAGACCAGAUACACCACGUCUUCCAGGACGAGCUUCCAGAGCCUGAGACGGCGGAGGCAGACCUGAACGCCUGGAGCGCGGCGUGGAGGGAGAAGUACCAGGAUGUAGCGCCCCCUGCCUCCAUAUCAGAGACACUGCACCACCAAGAAGCCAAGAGCCAUCCCAAUGUCACCGCACUGCUCAACCUGGUGGCGGUGCUGCCGAGUGUGAGCAUGGAGGGAGACCUGAUGAAGAGCUGUCUGAACUCCCUGCGGACGCUAAUGAGGAGCACGGUGUGUCGCGCUAGCCGCACGGACAUGGUCAUGCUACUUAGCCACCGGCCGCUCUUCCCCAUCCUGAUGGAGGUCAUCGACAAGUGCAUCAACGGGGAGCCAGAGAGCCAGUCCUUCCUCACCAAGGUGAAGCAGACUGUUAGCAGUUUUAAAGUGAAAUGUGAACCUGCUCCGGCGGUAGAGACCAAUGGCUCCUGUGCGCCGCACGACGUCGAUGACGUCAAGGUUCAGAUCAAGACCGAGGCCGGUCACCCCGUGAUUAAGAUGGAGGACGGCUCCCAGAACAGCUUAGCCAAGUCAGCAUUGUCCUUCUACAGCGCCUCGGUGAGGGAGGAAGUCUUCAAAGAGGUCUGGGACUCGCAGUACUUCACCAUCAUCCUCGAACAGGAGAUCGAAAUCGACUCGGCGCUGUACGUCCCGAUUUGCAUCCGCUAUCUGGACAAAGAGGACAUCCAGUGUGAGGAGACGCUGGCCUUCCUGCCCUUCACCACCGACAUCAAGUCGUUCGCCGACUCCCUCGAGACGGUGUUGUCGGAGAAGGCGGGGCUAAACAUGUCGCUCUGUCGCGGGCUGUCCCUAUUGGCCCUCGGCACGGUGAGGGCGCACGUCAAAGCGGCGCUCGCCUCCUUCACCCAGCGCUACCCUCAGGUCCUGUGUUCGCUGCACUCCUCCAUCUCGUUGAACGUGUGGCUGGCUCGCUCGUUCCCGGGGAUGGCGCUGGGGGGGCGGGGCCACCUGAUGCCCGAGGAGCUGCUGCGCUGGUUCACAGCGGACGUGCGGCGACAGGCGCGGCUGGAGGACACCGUCAUGUGGCUGCACAGCCAGGACGAGGCCCGCGCCAACGAGCUGCGCGACAGGUUGAACUGCAAGCACUGGGAGCGCAGCCACGACGCUCUGGACCUGGCGGUAGCGGUGGUGGAGGCCAUGGCCCUCUGCCUGGGCGAGAUGCAGAGCGAGAGCGCCCCCAGUGGCCGCGAGAGGAGCGACACGCUGCGCUUCCACGAGGCGCUGCAGGACUUUGAGUUCCUGUUCACGGCGGUGGUGCUGAAGCACGUGCUGAGCUUCACGCAGCACCUCAGCCAGGACCUGCAGGGCAAGCCGCUGGACAUGCUGCACGCCAUCAACGGCCUGCCGGCCCUCCACGCCACCCUGCAGCAACUCAAGGCGGAGCUGGACGCACACCACCAGACCUGGUUCAGAGAGGCCGUGGCGCUGGCGUCCAGACUACAGGUCUACCUCCCCCACCCGACGCUGCUGGAAGCCUUCAGCCUGCAGUACCGCGAGACCAUCAGCCUGACCGCCGUGGAGCACGCCGCGGCCGAGAUCGCCGACCUCUUCUCGGACCGCAUCGCGGACGCCAUGCGCUGCAUGCAGGUGGUGCCCUACGUGCUGGCCAAGCCCGAGAACAUCAGCGCCGCCGCCGGCACCCUCAACCUCAGCCUGGUCAGCCCCUUCCUGCAGGACCUUCCGGACGCCGCCGCGUUCCCCGGCGAGGCGCAGCAGUGGCGCGCCAAGUGGUCGGACUCCAUGGGCUCGCACCUGUACCUGCCCAGCACCGUGCUGGACACCCUCAAGGUGUCGGACAUCCGCUCCUUCCGGAACAUGGAGACGGUGCUGCGCGUGCUGGUGGUGCUGCCCUUCUCGAGGAGGGAGAGCAUCUUCAGGGAGGGCCGCCGGAGCCUGGCCGAGUACGCCCUGCAGCCGGAGACGACGCACAGGAGCACCGCCGACAUGCACCCACUCUAGAGCGGCGCUAUA